AGGCACCGUUGGUCGCGUCUUCCGCACGCCACAACGUCCGUCGCGCCCAAACCGCAAACACCGCCGCURUCGAGCYGUUCGUCGCCAYCGUGUCGUCUCCGCGGACUUCGUUUUUGAUCUCGUGUGAUAAACACGCUGUACAUCUGCCUGUAUAAUAUUAUCAUAAUAAUAUCAAAACGAUAAAUUUGAAUCGCGUCCGUUUUUGAACAGAACGCAUUUCUCGCGAUCGGUCAUACGAUACUAUACGAACGCAUAAUACGGUGAAUAACAAUCAUUUUGCUGUCGAGUGCAGACACAUUGGCGUUUUCACUCGUCUAUUCAACAUAUUAAUCUUUCGCGGGAUUUUUUUCGUUUUCUCGUUUUUGCCGCAACAACCGYCACUCGAGUAUUUUUUUCGCMACCACUGCAGUCCACCCGAAAAUGGAUGGCACCGCUUUUCGCGCCGUCGUCCUGCUGAUGUUAGCGGUAUUCAAGACACACGAGGUUUCUACUCAAGAUUACGAUGUGUCUGAAAUACAGUGUUCGUUUUCGACGGAUUCGCUGAGGGUGGGUAAAGCACUCUUGGGUGUCAAAGACGUGAUAUCCGCCCGGCUAAAGAAGCCCGACGGGUUCAAGGGGCACCCACUGUUCGCCGACGAUCGCUCCGUCGAUCCGUUGAUCGAUCCGGUCUGYCAGAUACGACCCGACUUAUCGGAUGUGUCCUUGCUGACAUACAACCUGUUGGUCACCGACUUCACGCGGUGUGGCGUGCUCAGRCGAAACGGCUUCGUGCACGUCCGAGUGUGGUUUCCGCAGUUCCCCGGCGUCGUCAUGAUGUCCGACCAAGAGCUGAUCAUAAUGUGCAAACCACCAGAACCAACGGUGAUCGAGAACAAAGCCGCCGGAUUCGCCGGAAGUUUCCCACACGGUGCACGAGUGUCUGGAGUCGUGGAAGAGACGCCUGGGAGACUCGAGUACGAGGUAGCAUUAUACAAGGAAGCGCCGGCUCGAUUGACGAACUUGAGCCAUAACAGYGAACUGCCAGUCGACCAGGCCGUGCCCAUCGGUACCAAACUUCAGCUUCGGGCCAGGAUCAACCCACAUUCAGCUUGGAAGUUUGUCAAGUUGAUGGAAGUGUCUGUGUCUCCAGAUCCUGAYAACGCUCAUGUAUCUGGUAGUGUCGCUCUUGUAAAAGAUGGAUGCCGGAACCGAGAUUUCGCGACAAUCAUCCCGCACCAGCCGGCCAAGUACAGGGAAAGGCACAACGAAGUGUUUUUGGACUUUGAGGCAUUCCUGUUGAGCACCAUGAAAGAGCGAUCGACGUUAUGGAUUCACUCGCAGAUUAAAGCGUGUAUGGACGCCAACGAUUGCCAGCCGGAAUACUGUCUGGACUUGUUCGAGCCAUCCGGACACGGGCGCAGGCGCAGGAGGCAUGUGCCUGGCACCGGGAAUGGGACCGCGUUACAGCAGCAGCAGACGUCAGCUGUCGAUGACCGAAACGCGACUAACUUCGCCAAGUUUAAGGAGAACAUCGAGUAUACAGUCAUCAUGCCCGAGGACAWCUACCACGGUGCUGCAACCGCGUCCGAAAACAACUGCGGGACGUUCCUGGCCCUGUCUGGGGUCCUGGGAUGUCUCCUGUUCGUCGCCGCCAUGAUCCUGUGCUACCUGACGUCCCGGCUGCAGGCGGCCAUCGGGUCCAAGUACAGGACGGCGCAACAGGACGUGUUCGGCAGCGGUAGGCUCCACACCGGCACCGGUCAGCCGUCUAAGUUUCCUGUGUCGUUUUCAUCCGGUUCGUCGGCGUACUCGGGACGGCUKCACUGACGUCCUCCGUCCGGCCAGAUAGAUUCGAUUAUUAUUAUUWUUUUUUCAAAUCUUUGUAAAUAGUUGUUUUUCCUCACCAUUAUAUGAUGGAACUUCUUACACAUGUUAUAGGCGCUUGAUUCACGAUUCAAUUCGUACACGAUCGCUUUAAAUUUAUUAUUAUUAUUUUUUUUUACUGCWGGAAUUCGACUAUUUUAGUGGUACGACAUGGUUACAGGACGAUUUCAACAGCAAACAUUCACACAUUUUCUAGGUAGGAAAGUAYAUAGAUUUGUGUUUUUCUGAAAAAGAGAAUCAAAUAAUGUUUACGAUUUGCUAUGAUGGUGGACUAUCAAUAUUAUUUUUUCAUUGAAAAUCUAUAUUUUAAAUUUUAUAUAAAAAUAUCGAAAAAUGAUAAUAUUAAAUAAUAAGCUUUUAGAUGUGAGAUGCAUGUCGAAUUUCGUUGUUAUCUUUAAGACUUGAGAGUACCACGUAAAAACCGUUUUGUUGAGGGAAAUAAAAYGAAAAUUAAUAGAGAUAAUGAGUGUUUGUUGAUGAAAUCACSCUGUUUGCAUAUGUUACGUAUGCAUAUAAGUCAUAAUUCGGUMCUACAGGAAAUCGUCGGUCGAGGGCUUCAAAAACGUAUACGACCUUGACCCGCUCUACUGAAGAUUUUUCAACUCUUCAAUAUCAUAAACGCACCAUCAGCUCAUCAGCAUCUUCCCACCUAAAUCCAAUCAUCGUGAUGAAGUCACCCCGACGGUGGUUCGAAACCGUCAAUAUUAUUUUGUUGGUCCUUACGCAUAGUUACCUAGGAUUGACUAUGAUUUUUUUCUACUCUCUUACAAGACACCUUGGUGAUACAUUAUACACCCUCAUUUAACGUCCACACAUAAUAUUAUAUCGAAUAAAACGCAAUACGUUCCAAAUUAUAUAAAAACAACUACGACGAGUUGAAUUGAAUCGUGAUUUAAACGAUACUAUUGCGUGCACGUUGGCCGRCCGACCGCACAGUAUGAUAAUAUAAUAAUUAGAUAAAAUAGAUUUUAAUACAACAUAGACAUAGGACAGAGAUGUUGUUGAAGCCGCUGUUCAGCGUUAUGUUUAGUCUUGGUCAAAAAAAUAUGAUUUGAUUAAUAAAUAAAAAUCAAUUGUAAUGUUAUUAUUAUAACAAUUAUUGUAAUGCCCAAUGACGACAUAUUAUAAUAUUAUAUAUUAUUCAAGUUAUCGUCUGAACGCAUAUCAUCACUCCUCUAUUAUUCUUAUAAUUACACGUAAGUGCAUCUUAAAAAUUAUUACAUUUAUUAA